UUGGCUCCAUCCACAAGAGAAGUUGAACAGAAUAUAACUUCGACUUCAACUGCGUUAAACUACUUCUCUCCUUUAGAUUUUUACAUGCUCGUAAGACGGCACGACAAAGAAUCCUCUAUGGAUACCCAACGCAGUUCGAUUUCGAAACCGUUGUCAGAGGUUCGAGUAGACAAGAGUUCAGAAGGGACAACAACAAAUAAAGCUUCCCAAGAUGGAGCACCAAGUGAAGCCAGACCAACACCAGAGGUCAAUGAAAAGUAUCGACCAUUGAUUGAAGCCGCAAUGAAAGGUGACUGGAAAGCUAUCAAGAAAUCCUUAAUGAAGAUCACGAAGCAAUGAUGGCCAAAGUUAUGACUGUAGAACAUGAUCAAUUUACCGUGCUCGAUGUUGCGGUUAUGUUCGCACAAGAUCAAUUGGUCGAGAACCUAAUCGAGUGCUUCCCUCCAGAAUAUAAAGAUUUCAGUAGUGCUCUCUACAAUGCUGCCAAGGGAGGAAGAAUAAGGAUGGUAAUGGCGUUAGUAGACAAAGUUGAUGCUGAACCUGAAAGUGUAGCCCUUGCCUUCUCGGCUGCUGUUUCAGGUGCUCCUAUGCAAAAGGAGGUUAUCAGCUACCUGGCUAGACGCACAACAUCCGCUCCACAUUAUAGUAGCUUGACCACCCUUAUCAAGACCGGCCAUUUGGAUAUAGCCUUGUAUUUAGCGCACAGAUAUGCUGAGUUAGCCACAUCCAAAGAUCGCGAAAACCGUAGUCCGUUGGAAUACUUGGUGAAGAUGAAUUACUUCCUUAGUGGAGCUAAACUCAAUUUUUGGGAAAGAUUUAUUUACAAAUGUAUCCCUCUAUGCUUGGUUGAUACAUCAUUUGACAACUCCAAUGACAUGAAGAUGACCCGAGCAAAGCGGUUCAAGACAUUAAUUUGGAAUUUUGGCACAAUACCAGCACCUUUCAUCAAAAGGAUUGGAGAAUCAAAGUUGAGGCACGAAUGUUCAAUUGAGUUUGCAAAUCUAGCUCUUACCAAGAUGAAGACUCAUAUGGAAACUCCUGAACUACUCCAAUUAUUGACUUUGCACAUCGUCCUUCAUGCUACAUGUAGCGGAAUCUAUGAAAUUGUCAAGUUAUGUAUUAAGCAUUUUCCGGAGUUGAUGUGGGAUAAAAAUUUCACAAAAGAACUUAUAAAAGAAGUUGUGAACGGACGGCAUGUUGAGUUGUUUAGACUAGUGAAUGCACACAACACAAUUCCAUAUUUGAUUGACAAUAUUUGGACGGUUGAGGGCCUGUUGGUGUGA